AUGCUGCACCAGAUAACUAUUGAUAUGCCUGAAGAAGAGCAAGGACGCCAAGUUAGUCCUUCCACCCUCCAGACACAGACUGGUUUCCGUGAUCCCACCCAGGCCCCUCCCACUCACCCUUACCCAACUCCAGCUCACUCGACGGGUCUGCCCUUUUUCGAUUAUCGCCAUCUGCUUCCCUCACCUGCCUUUAACCACAACUCUGCCGUCAGACCCCAUUCAUCAACCAUGGUGGGUCAAAGGCAGCUUGUGGUGCCUGGCUCAGUCCCCCUUCCUCAACCAUACCUCUGGGGCCCAGCAGGUGUGUCACCCUUCACCUCGUGCCCCCCUGCUUCUCCGUUGAACUUAGAAACAAAUGCGCCAUUGUACCAUGCCCCACCAGUGCCCCCUGGGGUCAUGUCUGCCAGCGCUGCUACCCGCAGAAGCUCUCCUGCCCCGGCUAAUGGAGGCUUCAUUCAGACACACCAGCAUCCAACGGACUAUGGUCAUACUACGACUGUGCAACAUGACAUACCACUCAUUGACUCCAAACCUUUUCGGUUGCCCUACCGCAAGAUUCCCCCCUCACAAUGGCAGGACGUUAGGAAGAUGCUCACUGACAUGGAGGCUGCAGGAAUCAUUCGGCCCAGUAAGAGCCCCUACGCUUCUCCUGUGCAGAGACAAACGUCACAGGAGGACGGCAAUGCAACAGAUAGUGAACAUGAGCAACAAGACAUUGACAAUAUGGAGGAGUCAGAUGGGGAGGAUGUAGGGGAGUCAGCCGACUGCCCCGACCCCAUAAGUACUGGCCAAGCCCCAGUCCCACUGACCUCAACCGGGGCAGAAACACACACGCGGAAACACCCCUGCCUUUAUGUUGUUCUUGGAAUUAUUGAAGUCCCAAACGCUGAAGGAGAGUUGUGGAAAUAG